AGCCAAGAGCUCAGCGAAUGCGAGCCUCGCUGGCGAGACUGACGUCCAGCAGCACACGCAAGCUUGCACGCGCACGCACACAGGCAACCACGACCACAACCACGACCACAACCACAACCACCACAGCCACAACCACAGCCACACCAGCAAAGCAACAAGGUCUCACCAUCCAUCUUGGGGCGCUGUUCCAGUGUUGUUGAUUUUCGUUCGCACACACGCACACACGAACGGACGGAUAUGAGCGGCAGUGCAAGGGCGGAUGACGCUGACGCCAAGCGUGCCAAAGUGGCCGUGGUGCACGCGGCGCCGGCACCGUUUGAUCCCACCCACCACGGCCUUGACGCGGACUUCAGGCUCACGGACUUUGCCAAGCUCAAAGGAUGAGGUGCGGUGUAAGGUUCCUCAGCAAGAACUGCUCCAACUGCUUGAGGAACUGAAACCGGCCUCUGCUGCUGAGACGGCGGAAGCCACCAGUGUCAUUGGCAUUGGCCUUGACAGCUGCGUCAUCAAGACGCGACACAAAGACAUCUUCCUUGUUCAAACCACAGACUUCUUCUACCCCCUCAUCGAUGACCCUUACAUCCAGGGCAAGAUCGCUGCGGCCAACGUGCUCAGCGACCUCUAUGCCAUGGGCGUGACCCAAUGCGACAACAUGCUCAUGCUGCUCGCGCUCAGCAUGGAGAUGCCAGCGGAUGCGCGCAAGGUGACGACAAGCCUCGUCAUGAAAGGCUUCAGAGACGCGUGCCACGAGGCGGACACGAGCGUGAACGGUGGACAGACGGUCCUCAACCCCUGGAUGAUCGUCGGUGGCGUUGCGUCCAGCGUCGCCGCAAAGGGCGAAUUCAUCGAGCCGGCCCACGCGCGUGCUGGUGACGUACUCGUCCUGACGAAACCGCUCGGCACACAGCCCGCCGUCAACGCCCACCAGUGGCUCCACACCAACGCCUUCCAGCGCGUGCAGGACGUGAUCACGCCGGAGGAGGCGGUCGCCGCAUAUCGCAUGGCGAUGCACAGCAUGGCUCGCCUCAACAGGAACGCUGCAAAGCUGAUGCACGAGUGUGGUGCGCGCGGGGCAACGGACGUGACGGGAUUUGGACUUCUCGGACACGCGCGCAACCUGGCAGAGGCGCAGGACGAGCAAGUCGAUUUCAUCAUCGAUUCGCUGCCAGUGAUUGCCAAGAUGCCGGCGGUGAACAGCAAGUUCAACUUCAAGCUGCUGGACGGAUUUUCCGCUGAAACAUCUGGAGGUCUGCUCGUGGUCCUUCCACCAGACCAGGCCGAGCGGUACUGCGCGGCGCUGCAGGAAAUGGACGGCAUCCCCGCCUGGACCAUCGGCCGCGUCGUCAAAGGAAACAACACGGCUUCCCUGGCCCCGGAUGUGAAAGUGGAAGAAGUGCACACACCGCAGCUGUUCAACUAA